AUGUUUCUUGCUAUCAUGUAUUGUUCGAUCAGUUCGGUAAGGGGUUCGUACUAUGAGUCUUUUCAAACGCCAGCAACAGAAGGUUCUCCUGCUGAUGUCAGCAUUCAAAUAGAAAUUUUGAACAUACGGGGAAUAAACGUGGUAGAUAUGGAUGAGAAUACAUUUACGAAAUCCUGCCGUCUGAAUUUCGGGGAAGUCGGCCAAAACUACCCACCUUUGGAUGAUGAGCAACAAUUUGUUGAGUUUAAGUCUUUAGUAAUCGACAUAUUCUUAUACAAAACUUGGAGAGAUCACAGACUUAUGUUCCCAGUAGUUAAUGAAAGCUUAGAGAAAAUCGCUCUAAAUCCAGACUGGAGGCAGCAUCUAUGGACACCAGAUGUUUACUUUCACAAUGCAAUUGAAGGGAAAGUAUUAGAUAGUAUAAUUCCUUAUGUUUAUCUUUGGCUGAAGAAUGAUUCCACAGUUAUUUUUGGAGCAAGAUUAUCACUAGAAUUUAGCUGUGACAUGUCACUUCAUAACUUCCCUCAUGAUACUCAAACUUGUGAUAUAGUUGUAAAAAGCUUAACGCACACUUUGAGUGAAAUGAAUCUUCACUGGCGCGAUGCUAACUCCCUUAGUGUAAGUGACUUCAUAAUUCUACCUCAGUUUGAGUUUAUGGAUCCUCAAACAUCAAACUGCACAAAGAAAGACAUGAUGGGGAAACAUGGCAAAUUUGCAUGUCUAAGAGGAGUGAUUCAUUUAACAAGAAGAGUUGGCUAUUAUGUCAUCAAUAUUUAUAUACCAAGUAUUCUAAUUGUCUUUAUGGCAAUGCUAACAUUUUGGAUACCUGUUGAUGCUGUUCCUGGAAGAGUGACUUUGGGAGUAACAUCACUGUUGACCAUCAUAACAAAACAGUACCAAGCUGCAUUGCCAAGUGUUUCGUAUGUUGUAGCACUCAAUGUUUGGCUCUCAGUCUGUAUUGGUUUUGUAUUUUGUAGUUUACUUGAAUAUGCAGCUGUUGUAGCAAUUCUCAGUCAUCAAAAACGAGUAGAAAAAGAAAAAAGAGCACAUAGCUUAGAAGAAGAUUCAGGAUGCUACAAACUUACUUAUAUAUUUCAUUCCAAGCUUGAAAAGAUUGAUGUUGUUCAAAUUGAUAGAAUAUGUCGUAUUGUAUUUCCUGUCAUUUUUGUUUGCCUUUGCCUUAUUUACUGGAUUUUUUAUACAAAAAUAAAUGCUGAUUAUUAAAGUUA